AUGCACAGAAAAGGUCAAGUGAAGAUUGAAUCUGGUAGGAAAAGCAUUUUUUACAAGAUGGCAGUGAGAAGAGCUGCUGAAAAGGCACCAACAGCUCCUUCUGCUGCUGAGUGCGUGCAAAUAAGAUCAGCUGCUCCGGAUGCCCUGGACGCUAAGGGAGCAACAGGAGAGGUGCCUGUUCCCAGCAUUAAGGAUGAUAAUACUGAUGACUUUUUGACCUCUCAGCGGCCUUAUUUCAUAACGGGAGAUCUUGGAAGCCAAAAGAAUGAGCAAGAAGCUCAAACUAUUAGCAAAGAGAGCUUGAAGAAGCUGUGGUCCAUGUCCGAGGGAGAGAUCCUGCAGGAACAGGAAAGGCUUCUGGCUCAGCUGGAUUCCAGUUUAGUUGCUUUCUCAACGUCACUAUGUAAUGGUAAUGAAGGCCAGAAAAAGGAAUUAAAAAUGGAACAGAGCAGACUGGAGGAGUCUGAAGCUCUGUGUGGUGUAGGAUCAUCUCUUUCCAUGCAGGAAUUUGGUCAGGAAGAAUCUGUCAGGAAGGAAGAAAAUAUGAAGGUAGAAAGCUCAGAAAUAUAUUGUUUGGACUCCCUCAUAGUACUGAGGGAUGACUGCAUUCCUACUUGUCCCAACAAUGAAGAGGAAGAAUUAAAUGGAACAGAGAACACUCGAGAUAAAAAAUUAAAGGCUAAAAAUGAGCUAGAUCCAGAUGUGGCCUGAUAUGAUGUUGUAAAGGGACUUUUGAAGACAUGGAUCCAGCACUAGCUGAGGUACAUCCUGGAGGUGGUAUGACUUGUUCCAACAUUAGUCCUGGAUAUAUUGCACAUCCUCAUCCACAUAGUAAGGUACUUCUCUGAAGUAUACAGCCAGGUAAAUCUCUCAUUGUACAGGAGCUCUGGAAUGCUAGAGAAAGGGUUGAAAAAGGGAAGAAAGAAGUAGGUAAAUUCACAGCAAGGAGGUUAGACAAACUAAUGUGUUUUGCAUGUCUUCUGUGUGUCUAUAUAAUUGCAUGCUUAGUUAUUUGUGCUGCCUGCUAUUUCUCUGCGGCUGCUUGACUGUCCUUGGUUGAUUGAGACCAUUGUCAUGGAAUUUCUUCCUACUCAGUAGGAUCCCCAAGCAGCUGAAGCAGUGUGUUCACUUGCCAGCAUCCAUGGAGUUACUUGUGCCAGCGCUAUGAAGUCCACCAGAGUGUUGGCAUCUGGAGAGUCAAAUGCAACAGCCAGGCUGACCUUGAAAAAGCACCUACUUUUCUACAGACUGCUGAAUGCAGAGAGCCCUUUGGGAUUUGACUUUUAUGAGCGGCUCCCUGCUGGGCAACUGAAGUGCCUGCAGAUGGUGACACACAGAGAAAAUAAGGAGAAUGCACCAGCACUAGCUUUUGUAGCAAACACUUGUGCAAGAAGAGAGCCAAGGGGAAGAAAGGAAGAGCUCAGUUUAUGCCUCACUGAUGGAACUACAUGCACUUCAGUUUCAGUGUCUUAUGAGGAAACUCUUGGCAUCUUUGCAAAGUGAAGCACUAAUAGAAUGCUCCCAGUCCUGCAGAACAAUACACAUCUUCUCAAUAUAUCACAAUAUGUGUGUGUAGCCUCUCUAUGAUGAAUGGUGGAACAUUUUCCUCCAUUCUCUUUCAUGUGAUUCUGCUUCUCUGUGGAGAGGGUGGGAAUGUGUCUGAGAGGCACUGGACUGUUGAGGAGAGGGUGAGAAUGUGUCUGAGAGGCACUGGACUGUUGAAUAAACUGAAGGAAGUGGAAAAGCUGUGUUGUUCAGUCAGCCUGGAGACUGUGAGUUCUCAAGGUUUCUAUUCUGACUAGAUGGCGGGAGUUCAGCAGUUGCCUUUGAAGAGCAACGGAUAGUAAAGUUUAAGGAUUCCCAUUUGCCCAUGUAAGAGCAGCCUUCAUCAAGGAGUUUGUCUCUUGCCUUUGAGACUUCCAGUUAUAAAGACUCUUCCAGUCCUUUGUACAACGCAAAAGUUGAGGUGAUGAGAGAAGAGACAGGUUUCACUUAUUUUGUGAACUCUCGGAAGAAUCAGGCUUUUUUUUUCCUGAUUCUCAAAAGCCCCUUUCAUUCCCGGAUGUUCCUCAAGACAUCAGCGUAUGUCCUGCAAGAUACCUACAUCUUUGACAUGAAAUCCUGAUGCAAACAUCAGCAAUGGAGGGAAAGAAGGUAAAAGAUCCCAAAUCGUUCUGCAGGUGCACUUGUGAGCAGGACAUUCUAAGGAUGCUGCCUGGGAGCCAUAAGCUUUCAAAACUUGAGAUGACACAGCAGUCCUAACUAAGUUUGAAUGUCUUUAAGGAUUCGGGCAGCCUUGUACAGAUUUCUCUGCAGAACACUAGAGGGCAUUGCUUUACCUAGUUUAAAUGCAAACAUUCUCAGCUUCGAUGCAAUCGACACUUAAAAAACCCCAAAGCCCAAACCAAGAAACCUGGUUUGAAUUUUCUGCACUUUUUAAAUUUUUUGUAUAUACUUUUGGAGAAAGAGUGGAGAAUUAAAUAAUUUUAUAUGUAAUUGGUAGCUAAGAAUCAUUCGGUGCUUUGCUAGCAGGAGCAUUUUGGAAAAAUCUUGGUAAAGUGAAUGGAAGCUUAAACUGAAUGCAGUUUAAGAGAAACAGGACCAAAGUGUGCUGAUUCUGUUAAUCCAUUUUAAUCCCGGUCAGAGUGAGUAGUUGAAAAUUAAAAUUGUCCCCCAAAUUUAUGUGACUUCUUAACACCUUAUCAAAAGUUUAAGAUUUCUUUGAAUAGAAAAUAAUUAUGCUGAAAAUAAGAACCGCAAAUAGGUUUCUAAGGUUCAAAUGCUUCUAACUCAGAACAGCAUAUGGUUGUGGAGACAAUAACCCAAACAACCACCAAAUAAAAAUGUCUCAACAGAUGCCAUCUUCUAAUUCUUAGAAAGAAAAAAAGAUAGCUUCUGAUUUUGUAGCUAGAAAAUGCUUGGUUUCAUCCAAGUGACUGAUAUUAUCCCAUGUAGGAACAGUGGGAAUCUGUAUUGUGACGAAUUCAGCAGGGGUUGAGCUGGAAAACAGCAAUAAUGUGGUUUUAAAAACAAACACUUGAUUGGACUGGAAAUGAGUUGAAGAUAAUUGUAGUAUUGCUGUUGAGUUGGCAGACAAGAUAGUGGGACUGUCACAGCUUUGCAUCCCAUGACUUAAAUGCUAGCAAUAUUCUGCAUUCUGCUGAAUCUUUAUUUGCAUUUUGAAAGGGGAGAGAAUCUUCCCAUCAACUUGAUAGAAUGUCCUCUUCCUAAAAGAAACGGAGCUGACCUGUGAUUCUUGGACUGUGUGAGUGAUUUGAGUUCCCUGCAUUUAGGAUCCUUGUGUGGUGACUUAGCCCACUUCACUGAGCAAUGGCAAUUCCCAAAGAAGAUAUAGGCAACUCAGUGGCUGUACUACACACAGGAGUAGGACAAAGCCUGAAUGAAGAACUCAAAACAGGACUGAAACCCCACCAUGUGGAAGCUUUUGAACAGAAAAGUACACAUGGAGCAUUAUACGAUUAAAGCGCUUGCACGCCACUGUAUUUAUUGACUACUUGAGUUUGAGAAUGGAAUUUAAUAAUCCAUUUCUAGACUAAUGCAUUCACUUGCUAAUAAUAUCAGGCAAAUGCUGAACACCUUUUACUGAUGAAGUCAUGGACAGAUACAACAAGCUAUAAUAUGUGAGUAUAUAAAUAUGCUAUGGGUCAGACAAAAGCAUUUCUUUUCUUGUCAGACAGAAAGUAGAGUAGAAAGGCAUGUUAAUUCUCACUUUUGCUCCUUCCUAGUUUUGCAAAGUUCUCCUUGGUAAUCUUUCAUCAAUGAAGUGGUGCCGCCUCCAGCUGAUAAUCAAGUCUGGGGUAAAACAUGUUUUCUUUAAGCUUACAGAAGCUUGUAUAUGCUCUAUUCACAAAGUUGACCCUCUGAUAUCCCUUUUAAAAAUAAUUUUAUGGUAAUUUACUGGCCUUUGCCCUUGUUUUUAAAAACUAGUCCUUCUAUUUGUUCCUCUUAGAAUGGAGAAUGCACUGUGAAGGUCUGCUGAUGUUUUGCAUGAUAAGCAGCAUUUGUAUGCACAAGUAAAAUGGCCACCAUGCGGCAUUCCCCUCCAUCCCGUUUUUUGUGAUAAUCUUGAGUCUCAAAUAAUCUGUUGCAAAAAUGCUGCAUGUGAAUUUCUAGCCAGGCCCAUCCCAAAGAGCAAAAGAAGAUCUUGAAGAGACCAAAUUCUCACACUGCAACUUCAUUUGGGUCAAAAGGAGCAGAUACUGCACCGGCAGUGUUGUGGGUGCCCAAGGAAUGAGCUGUGCCAAGUCCUUCCAUCUAUGUAUUAUGAAGUUUUAUGUAUCCCUAAGAGGACACUGCCACACAUCAUCUGUGCCUUUAGAAGCUUCAUUUCAGCAUUAGCAGAGGAGGUGAAAUUGAAGUCAGAAGAUCUUAAUUUCAGAAAGAGAUGAAUUUCUUCAGAGACAAAAGACUUUUCUCUCUCAAGGCACCAGUAUAUACCCUUGACUUGAUUUGGAAGCUAUUUAGGAUGCUGUAGUCAUUUGGUUGACUGGCAGUCUGAAUAACCUCAUCACUGACGUGCCCAUGAACAGCAGAUUGUGAGCUGGUCACACCACACUGGUUGACUCAUGGACUCUGAAGGUCAAAUGCAACAGUCUUGUUUGAGUGACUUUGUUGGCACCAGCAGUGAAAUGGGAUGCAUGAGCUCAUAGUGAAAUGCAGGAGCAAAUCAGUCCUUUCCAAAGAGUCAUACAAUCAGAAAACUUGGAGUGAUGGAAAUGAGCAACACCCGUGAUCAACAUUCUCCAGAAGAAGACCAAGGAAACGGGUCGAAUGUUGUUUCUCAUAGUGAAUAAAUUGUUUUUGUUGUUCUGCAGGACAAAGAUCAGGCCGCUGCUAUUUAUUUUUAAUGUUUGCACUACUGGAUGGAAAAGUACAGUUAUCUAUCAGGACAAAGAUCUUCUAGAAGUUGAUAUAUAGAGUUACAUUAACUAGGAAGAACAUUUUUUGGCAGUGGACCAAGAUACAACAAGCCUUUAAUGCCUGCCAAAAUGCUUUGAUUGAGCACGCACAAUUAUACACUCCGGGUAAGGAUAUCGUUUUGAAUUAGAAGUAGCAAUUAUAGCCAAUAUAGUCUGGUGGCAUAUGACUGAGCCAAAAAAUCAGAAAGAACCUCUAGGAUUUUGGACCAAGGCAUUACAAGGCUCCACUACACAUCAUACCCCAACUUCUGCUCUUAUUUUACAUCUUUUAUAGAUAUCGGAUUCUCGGGUUCUUGUACUUCAGGCAUCUUUGACGAAUACCUGUGCCUCUUCUAGGGGAAACAGUACUGGAACUGUGUUGGUGAUGUCACAAACCCAACAUCAGAAUAUGAAAAAGUGCAAAUUAUAGCUCUCCAGUGUAAGGGCAAUUACACCACAUCAGGUUAUCAAACCCAGAGCUGAAGAGCCGAAGCAACAUGUAUGUACUACUGGAAGGAUUGCUGCACUCCUGUGCAGCACUACAGGCUUGGGGAAGUGUGUCUGGAAAGCUGCCUGGCAGAGUAGGACCU